GUCGACACUAUCGCGCAGUGGUUCUCCAACGAGAACAGCGUGGACGCCGGCGCGCUGGCAAAGCGCUGGGACGGCAGGGUUUGGAACAGGGGCGUCAUGGACAAGGCCCGCGCAUUCUGUAUCCUGCGCCCGUGGCUGUCAAUUGCGACAGCCGGCCAUUGCCCCGAGAUUUUCAAGGCGAUGCUGACCGACAAGAUGGGCUCGCGGCAGCGUCUUACUGUCGCCUUCCCACGGCCGACAUGGCGCACCAUUGCCCAGAUCAGGGGCGCCUGCGCCAGGCUGCCAGUCCCCUCGCACACUCCGGAGGACUACUUGGCGGCCUUGCUGUGCCCGGUCCUCCAGAAUUCUCUCAAGCGCGGCGGCGCUGCCUACAAGGCAAACCAGGAGACGUCCCUAAAGCACGGCAAGCUGCGCGCCAAAUUCGACCGCUUGGUCAUAUCACUGCAUCUUCUCAACACCUACUGCGUCGCCUUCAAGGCAGCUCGCGUCGCUCGCGGAUUCAGCAUGGAAGGCGCUUGGGGCCACGACGUGAACCCGUCCGCGACCAUCCCCAAUAACGUGGUCGAGAUGGCGUACUUCCUGUGCGCCCACUUCGAGGAGACGCGGGAGUUCCUGGACUUCGCCCGCGCUGGCCACGUCCUUCCGCGCGAGGCCCCGCCGCCGGAAUCAACUCAGGACGAGAUGGGCCCCCCGCCGGUGCCCUCGCGCGAACAGCUGCUCUCGUUCCUCGAGUCGCUCCGCGUCCGCUCGUGGAAGGACCCCGACUUGGACUUCCUCAUUGCCCUCCCAAUUCCGCCGCUCUUUGACUUUCUUCGUUCCACGGAGCAUGUGUGCCUUGGAAUCGACGCAUGCGCCCUCGUGGGCACGAUGAAGAUCACACUGGCCACUGACCAGUGGUUCAAGUAUAAGUCUUCGACCUCAACCUCCCGCGCCCUCGGGCGCGCGAUGGGUGCCGCCGCGAUCGAGAAGAACCUUGUCAUGUACGUGGCUUGCUUGGCGGCGCGAUUGCCGGCGGCGCUCGGCCUGGGCGUUCUCGCGCGCGCCGCGAAGAUCCACGGGGGCGGCGACCCAAACUGGCGGUUCGCCUCCAAACCCGUGAACGCUGAUUGCCACGAAGUAUUGGAUUACCUGGACAUCCACGACGCAUCUACGCCAUCCUUCCAGGACAUCUCGGAGCGCAAUGCUACCCCCGUGGAAAAGCCAGCCCGGGCGCCCGACGCACAGUGGGGCGCCGUCGUUCUUUCCGAUCGCAACGUGGUCAUGAAUUUUCUAG